AGAGGAAAUGAGGGCAUAGUAAACGUCAAAGAGGAGCCCACAGUCGUCAGCCACCGCGUAGCCUUCCAUCCUUGCCUAACAGCCGUUGACGCUUCAACACCCCCUUUCUUAAUUUCCUCUUCUUUUAAAUAUCCCACCACUUUCCAACGCCAUAUAUCCAACACAAACCAAACAAGGAACAAAAACAAAAACAAAAAGAUUCCAUACCAAUUUCUCACCUCUCUAUCUCUGGCAACCAUGCACCAAGCAAUUCCUUACCGGUCAUGGCAAUCAAUUGACACAAAACAGGGCACAUUAUCAAUGAGAUCAACAUGGGUGGGCGGAUCAGCGUCUGCGACAGCCGAAGGUGGGGGAUCGAGAAGCAAUGUGAUUGCGUCGGUGGCGGAGAAUGCGGCGAUAGUGUUUGCUAGAAAAGGGUGCUGUAUGAGCCAUGUGGUGAAGCGGCUUCUUCUGGGGUUGGGUGCUAAUCCGGCGGUGUACGAGGUGGAGGAAGAACAAGAAUCCAGCGUCCUGAAGGAAUUGGAGGCCUUCGCCAAAUCUCCCAACGCGGAGAUACAGCUGCCGGCGGUGUUUAUUGGGGGCACCUUGUUUGGGGGUCUGGAUAGAGUGAUGGCUACUCAUAUUUCUGGGGAAUUGGUUCCCAUUUUGAAACAAGCCGGCGCUUUGUGGCUUUGAAUUUUUAUUUCUUUUUUCCUUUAAUCACAGACGUCUUCAUUUUCCUCCC